AAAAUCUUUCUUAUGAUUUAACAGGCAACAUAUUUUUUCAUCUAGGUGGUUAGAAGAGUCUUUGGGGAUUCUGGAAAUACUGACAGAGACUCUAGAUCAUGCCAGCUAGCCAAGGAGGCAGGAAGAGGCCAAUGGUCCCAAGCAGGCACACAAUAAUGAACAUCCACAGAAAGAUGCGGUCAAUCACCAUGGCGACAUACUUCCAAUCCUCUUUCACCUGUGUUGAAUGAAGAGCAACAGAGAGGGAAAAUCGUUAUGCUGCUUGGUGAAGGAGGCAUGCAGGGCCUUCGAUGAGCUCUCUAGCCGGUUGGCGAUGUCCGCGGCAGCACGAAGCAUGUCUUCAAAGGCCAAGGUCUCUUCUCUGAUUCUGCCCCCGAAGACCAACAGUCCAGGUCAUCAGAGGUGGAGUGAUGGGAGGAAGAAAACACCACACAUUGGAAGAAAGAAACGGGCAGAUGUGGAGAGAGAAAAGCUCAUCACCAACUGCCUGGGAUGUGUCAUUGGUGGCCAUUAUCGCAGAGUAAAUGUCAGAGCCUGAACCCCAAUCACCAUCCCCACUUUGGCAGAGUGUUGGGGUUGCCAUGGAUACCCAGGCCAAGAUGAAGGGCAUCCAACAACGCCACAUGGUAACCUGGAAAGAGGUGGAGGCAGAAACAGCCCUCAAAAGUACCAUCUUCCUGACGAAGACAGGAAAGCUGGGGAGGUCCGGCAGGCUGGCAGACGACACGGAGGAGCACCGGAGCGAGACAAAAAAACACCGAGUCCCCAUCACCAGUGACUGCAUGUUGUGGGGAUCCAACGGCUCCUGUGUAAUACAGACUCCUUGACCUAACUGACUAUCAAGAGAUGCUGCCUUCAAGCACUGAUGGAGAAAUGUAAAUGUGACUGGGUUAACACAGAUGGAACCACUCAACCUGCUCUGUGAAGGACAGACGUAACUGGAGCCAAAUCUUAUGAGGGGCGCUCGUUUUUACCCACAGCUGUGUGCUCUGCUUUUCCUCUCUCAGUUCUGAGGAACAUCCAGCUGGGAAGUGAAGGCACCCCGAGGCAGAGCCAUGGGCUGUGGGGGGAGCAGGACCGACGCUCUGGAGCCUCGCUACCUGGAGAGCUGGACCAAAGAGACCGAGUCGACUUGGCUGACCAGCACGGACGCUGACAUCCCCCUGUCGUCCAUCCAGAGCAUCCCCUCCGAGAACUCUGAGGCCAGCUUCACUUCUGAGAAAACAAUCAGUCCUGUUCCAGAUUUCUUUGAGGACGGCCUCCCUCCUCCUGCUCAGGCGUACCUGAAGGUCUGCUCGGCUGUGUCUGAAGCCAGUCUGAACGACGUGAAACCCAGCAGCCCCCCUGCAAUACUCGCCUCCCCACCCCAGGAGGUGGUUUUAGCCUCAUCUGGUACCACAGUGCAGCGCAGGAGCGUCCUACACACUGAGGAGAUUACAAAAUGGCAGGACAAUCGGAUGUCCACCAAGCAGGUGACCAUCACAGUGACACAGAGCAUCCAUCAGGUGGACAAGAACGGAAAGGUGAAGAAGUCCCUCACCACCUACGAGGUUAUGAAACCCGUGGAGACCCUCAAACAGGUGGCCGCACAAAACACCUGAACACAACGGAGACAGGAAGAAGCCAAAGAAAAAUGACGACGACAGUGAAAUACAUGAACCGUCGGUGGAGAAAAGUUAAAGGUCUGAUGGCUGAAAGCACAAAGAGGACGUGUGACUUUGCUCUGAGACGUCAAACUGUACAAGUUUAGAUCAUCAUGUUGAAAUCAUGCCUCAUUUGUUCUUAAAAAAAACAUUCACUAGGCUGUAUUGUAGUUAAUACUGUAAGAUAUAUUUUUAUGGUGCCAGUUAAAACAAUGUUUUACUGUAUUUUGGAUUCAGAGAAGAUACAAAACAUGACAUUUAACAGUACAUGCGGUAUCAGGCCAAAAAUAAAUGAGUAAAUCAUAGUACAGUAUGUAAUAUAUCACAACAGACAGCCUGUUUCAUGACCAUGGGAGGAAAAUAAUUACGUAGCACGUUCAAAUUUCUUUAAUGAGCUGAAAUCAUUUGAAGAUGCCUUUAAGGGGAAAGUACAGUACUAUUUCACAUUACUUAUUAUUCACAAAUGAUAAAUAUUUUGUAGUUUUGUUACAUUGAUAUACAACAUGUAGUUGCUGCUGUCUUAAUAUCUGUAUGGCUCAGGAAGCUGAAUCUGAUUGUGAUGAUUGCACUAUUCACAGUGAAGCCUGGACAGGAGUUUGUGUUCAUGUAAAACUUGUCUUAAUAAAUUACGUCGUUUUUGUACAACACAGUGUCUGACUUUCUUGUCAUUUGUGUUUUAUCCUGAGAAUAAAUAAAACAAAAACAUGUGAGGUUCUUAUUUUAAAUGACUUCAUAUUAUAUGUUCAAGGAAAGUCGGUUUUAAUGACACAAACAUGAAACGGACACAAUGGCACUUUGAGGAAUUUGGGUGAACAACGAACAUGCAGUUUUCUUUGUACUGACAUAAA